UUUCAGUCCUGUGGAAACUUUGUCUUUUCUGAAAUCCUGUAAAGCUGCUUUGUGACAACAUUCGUUGUAAAAAGCGUUAUACAAAUAAAUUUGAUUUGAUUUGAUUUGCUAUCACUAGCUGUACACCGUUGCUGUCUGUGUUGUCAUCAGGUAUAACAGAUGGUGUGCUGUAAAAACCUGGACAGCACAUCUGUGGCCGUCCAUGAGAAUGAGGUCUAUUGCAAGGCCUGCUAUGCCAAGAAAUAUGAGCAAAAAGGCUAUGGCCAUGGUGGAGGUGGACUGCUGAGUAUGGACCGAGACGAGUCAUUAGGAAUUAAACAUGAAGUUGCCAAGCCUCAUCAACCCACUAACAACUCAAACACCUCCACUUUUGCUCAGAGGUUUGGGGGCUCUGAUGUAUGCCGACGGGGUAACAAGACUGUGCAUGAAGCUGAGAAAGUCAUAGGAGCAGGAAGUACCUGUUUUCGUUGUGCUAAAUAUGGGAAAGGUCUGGAAUCCACCACUCUGGCUCACAAAGAUCGAGAGAUCUACUGUAAAGGUUGCUAUGCAAAAACCUUUGGUCCAAAGGGGUUUGGGUUUGGCCAAGGAGCUGGAGCCCUUGCUCAUGCUCAGUAGAACGGCAUGAUCCAGGAGAGUUACAUGAUCCAGUGCCUCAUUCCAUACACCUAAUUUCAACUUGUCUGAAGAGACUCAGACCAGCAGGCUGAUUCUUUCUGUGUGUACGAUUAUGUGUGACUCAUAAUUAUCUGGUUUCUAAGAGUACAAAUGCUUAUGUAAGAUUACUUAUGAACAUGACCAAAGGACAAGAACCAUAUAACUUUAGCCAUAUAACAAUAUCCAAUUGUAUAACCCCAUCGCCCAGGCUUACUACAGACUCAUAAUUUCGGCAUUCAAUGCCUUUUGGUUGUAGUAGAGAUUUCUUUGCCAUCUUGUUUACUGUGUAAUAAUGUCACCAUACUAGUAUUCAUACUGUAGACUACCAAACAAUUGAACACUGCACUUCUAUGUGAUGCUUUAAGUUGUACUGACCAAGCUCUUGGCCUCAUAUAGUACUCUGGAUUAAACGUGGGUUUUAUCAAACUGGGUUCCUUCCAGGCCACAGCUCUGCAGUGAGUACCAUUUUCUUUCUUUAAACACUCAAAGUCUGCAGUGCUGUUGUGGUCUUCUGUACUGUGCUGCUAUAUGCACAUGCUACAUAUCGGGGUUGCACAACGCUGGUCCUACAGGUCUGGUGUUCGUAACAGUUUUGUAGUUUGCCUUCUAAAACAUGCCCACUAAACAUGGAAAAAGUGUUGAGUCAGGAGUGUGCACUCCUGAGCCAAAUAUUUCCAAUAAUUUUAAAAUGCAUUGUAAAAGUUAAUUUCAAUCUGUAAUUGUUGUUUUGCCACCAAACCAUUAGUAAAAAUUUAACUCUUCA